AUGACUGCCAUUGAGAUUUCAGCGCGGAAGGAGCAGCAAAGACUGCGCAGUCAACUUCACUCUUCAGCCGUGGAGGUCUUGCUACACUUCCUUUGUGAACAGUCCAAAAGGUUCAGUCCAGACCUAAACACUCAGCUGGUGAAUGCUAUAUCCUCUUUGGUUGAUAAGUGUCAGGCUGCAGCAGUCGAAAGUCCAGUCUACCGCAAACUUCGUAUGUUCUCUGGCGUGAAGCCAACUCCCCAUGGAGAGGAAGAAUAUGAUGCGUGGGCUGAACAGACAACUCACAUGCUUGGUGAGUGGAAGUGUGCAGAUUCAUUAAAGAAACAGAGAAUAGCAGAGAGCCUUAAAGGGCCAGCUGCCGAUAUUGUCAGAUGCCUGAGAGUCAGUAACCCCAAUGCUACGGCCAGUGAUUACUUAACAGCCCUCGAGACAGCCUUUGGGACUACAGAGAGCGCCACAGAUCUCCUGUUUAAGUUUCGUAACACGUUCCAGCUUGAAGGUGAGAAGCUUUCAGCAUAUCUGCUUAGAAUUGACAAACUGCUUCACUCUGUGUUCCGGAAAGGUGGCAUCAAUCUGGGGGACAUGGAUAGAGCCCGCAUUGAGCAGGUUGCAAGAGGUGCUCUGCCUCAUGACCUUGUUGCCCUCCGUAUUAGAAUGACCUACAAACUCCGAUCUGCCCCUACCUUCACUGAACUGCUCCAUGACGUGAGAGAGGAGGAGAAUAUGAUACUGGAGAGGCCUGGUGCUACCCAUGUCGCUGCAUCCACCAUGCUUGUGCCAGUCGAAUGUACAACCGUCUCAGCUGCGUCACCACAGCUUGAGUCCAGUCCUGUAUCUGCUUGUACCGGAAAAGAUCCUGCUUUAGAGAGUCUUGCCAAAGAAGUGCAAGGGCUUAAGACUGAGGUCACUCGCCUGCUCUCUGUCUCUUCACUUUCAUUAGUUGCACAGACCCCACCCCACAGCAGUAAGAAGAGGCCAGAGGGAAAUCCCUUUGCAAAAGCACAAGAGGGACUACCAGAACAGUUGAACCGAGCUGACAUCUUCUGUUACAGAUGUGGUGAAGAUGGUCAUUUUCAGCGGGAAUGCCAGAAUCCAGAGAACCUCAGAAAGGUGAACAAACGCCUCCUGAAGCUGAAGCGGCCGUCGGGAAACUCCACAGGGGCCCAGUAG